GAAUAUUUAUUGCGUUUUUUUACAUUUAAUAAAAAUGGAAGUUACGUUUAUCAAAGCAGACUCCAGGAAUUUACCAAGAGUUAGCGUUGACAUGGUUAUAACUUUUUUUGUCCAAAGUGCAGAGUUUUUAAGUGUAGAAAUGAAAGGGACUAAAUUACUACGGUAUGUAAAAAUCGUAGUUGUUAAACUUCGUCUUUUAUUCAGCGGCUUCUACAAAUCUUACGGUGAUAAUGCAAUCGGCUAUGUCCAAAUUAAAAGAGAUGGAAAAUUAUGUACAGUAAAGAGUCGAGUUCUCCGGAGCAUAAAGUACGUAAAGAAGGUUAUCGUGUUACAGUUAUUUUAAAUGAAACGCAAAGCUUGGUUCAGUCCUGCCAAUGUGAAGAUUGUGCCACACAUUUUAAACUUUAUCUAAUUUUCGACGUCAUUCUCCAACUGUAAAAUUAAAAAUAUGUUACAGACAGGUUUUGUAAGUAUUAGGUAGGUUACUAAUGCGUUUUUACGUACAAGCAGAUUAAUUAAGCAUAUAACAAGUAUAUUCGCCGACUUACGUCAAAGUGAUCUUCACAGCAUCGAAUAAUGGUCUUUGAAGAAUAAUUGUCAUUUCUCUUCGCAGCUUGAAACCACUUUUUUUCAGUUUUGGGUCAGAAGUUCCAGUCAAAAACAAUUUAUUUGGGAACUUUGUUGAAGUAGAUUGGCACAAAAAAUGAGUCAACACGGCUUUUUUUCGGAAUAUUAGUGGUAUUGUUAUGAUCACAUGAUGUUGAUGGAUAGUCCAUUUUAAAUUUUUCAAAAAAAUAUUUCGAAAGUCGAAAAAAUAUGCAAAAGUAUGAAAAUUUAAAGCCAGCAACGAACAAUUACGACCAGUGACAGACAGAAGUGACGUCAUCGCAACCAGAGGUUCGUUUUCGCGCGAAAAUUUAAAUUGUCAAUUUAAAACCGCAUUUUUUCCGAUAAAUCACAAUGUUUUAAUUUUUUAAUAUAUCUGUGGUUUAUUCUACAUGGAAUUCUUUAAAAUGAAAACAAAAAUAAAAAUAUUGCAUCUUCCCUAUUAUAGAAGAGGUUACGUCCGUCUUUUUUUCAGGUCCGUGGUUUCAAAUAGGUAUACACAGCACAGACAGAAUAAUAGUGUUACACUUGAAUACAUCAAAUGCAGUCAAGCGAAAAGCACAAUAAACGGCGAAUCAUCAAUCACAAUUUCUAACAAUAUGGUCGCUAAAUAAAUAACUAUGAAACAAAACAAAGCGCAAAAUAAACACAGUCACAGAUUGGAAAGAAUUUGAAUAUAUCAUAACAAUAUGAGGCGCUUGUCCAAAUUUUAAAAGUAUCGAUACUUACUUGCCAAAAAGUACUCAAUAAGUAAAAGUAUCGAAUACAAAGUAUCGAGUACAAAAGUAUCGGUAUCGAAAGGAAAAGUACUCGAUACCACAAAGUAUCGAUACUUUUUUCGUGUCCCUAGACACAACAAAGAUACGAAACGUAAACGUAACUGAUACGAGAGGUCGGUGGGUCAAUAAAAAUGUAUUUUUACAAUAGAAUUUAGUUGCUCGUCAUGGUUUUUGCUCUUAGCGUUUUCAAGUUAUAAAAAUAUGGCUUUAACUAAUUGCAUGUUACCAAAUUGAAACACAGAGCAAAUUCCAUGUCAAACGCAAAACAAAAAGACAACAAAUGUACAAUAAUGCAUGUUUCAAACGGCUGUGGUAGUUAGUCUAGUCAUGACUUAGUUACACUCUUCCUUGUUCAAAUUAAUAAAGCUAUGCUGAAAUUGCCCAACAGUUUUUGCAGAUAUUUGAAGGUCGCAUGUGAGAGUGUGAGUUAUAUUCCACAUGCGAGGCAGCUCACAUAUUUAACUUGCAUAGGAGAGCCAUGCUGCUCGGAGUUCAAUCAGCGCAUACCAAAAGUUGUGUCAUUCUUACUUGGUGCUCAACAAAAGAGGUUGUAUGCAAGUGGGAAAAAAAAACAUAAGCUAAAACAAGCAUUUUUAAAUUCCAAUGAAGCAAACAAAAGCAAUCAAAUGAGUGAAUCACUGAAGCCCACUUUAAACCAUGAGACUUAUGGAGGAGAUCAAUUUGAUGUUUCAACAAACAGUGAUAAUUUCAAUAAAUGGCAAUCUCAGUUUGACGAGUCUAAAAGUCAGUCCGAGCUAGACACCUCAGGAAAUGAAACAAGGACCGUGCCUCCUGAUUUCCGGGUCUGGGAAUCAGCUGGAAAAAAGGGAACUGGAUGUGAUGCUGCUAAUGGAUUUAGGUUCAAAGUGUUAUCAUAUAAUGUAUUAGCUCAAUAUUUGCUUGAGUGUCACCCAUACUUAUAUAGGGAAUGUUCCCCUAGAAAUCUUAAAUGGAAAGUUAGAGCUGCUCGUCUCUUUGAUGAAAUUACCAAUCUGUCUCCGGAUAUUCUAUGCCUUCAAGAAGUCCAAGCUACUCAUUUGAACAGCUUCUACUCAAAAUUUGAAUCAUUAGGAUAUUCUGGUAUAUUCAAACAGAAAACUGGGCACAGGCACGAUGGGUGCGCGAUUUAUUUCAAAGACUCGCUGUUCGAGAUGAAAGAACAUAUGAGUGUGGAGUUCUACCAGCCGGAGCUGCCGAUCUUGAACCGCGACAACAUCGGUGUGAUGGUGAAGCUGGUGCCGCGCGCCCUGCCCGCCUGCCCCGUGGUCGUGGCUACCACGCAUCUCCUGUACAACCCCAAGAGAACGGAUGUCAGACUCGCGCAGAUACAAGUGUUCUUGGCUGAGAUAGACCGGUUCGCGUAUUACUCCAGUGGGAGUCAAUUGGGACAUCUACCAAUCAUUCUUACGGGGGACCUAAAUUCGACGCCUGACAGUGCAGUUAUAAAGCUUCUUGACAGAGGAUAUGUAAGUGCAAGCCCCUUCCGGGAUAGUUCCGAUUGGAAGCGGAUAGGGGUGACGGACAACUGUCAGCAUUUGUCGGUGUACCUCGACCGGCAGGUCGGGAAGACCACAGACAACAGCACGAUAAAGAUAUUCCACUCUGAGUACUUCGGCACGUGUACCGAGAAAUCUUGCGGCGACUCUGAACCACCGCCGCCCGGGUGCGAAUACAACGAGUUGUUCAACAGUGGGAAUGUGGGCCAUUCGCUGCGACUCACCAGCGUGUACGAGAAGACAAAGCCCGGUGGCGGCUCCGAAGCCUCCACCUACCAGGACUACUGGGUCACCGUUGACUACAUAUACUUCAGCUCUUGCAGCAACUUGAAACUGGUGGAACGUCUCCGUCUACCCACGGCCGAAGAGUGCGAAGUCCUGGGAACUCUGCCCAACGACGUGUACGGCUCUGACCAUCUCGCGCUCGCCGCCACAUUCGAGCUAAGACCGGUAAAAGCGUCCUUGUAAUCACUGCCGCAAGGUCCAUUUCUCUGUAAAACGUCUCGCUAACUAUACAGCCCUACUCAGCACGAGCCAACAACGAUUUCGUUACGUUUGCGUGUGCUAAAUGUCAUUGACGAAUUUUGUAUUUUUGUUUUUUAUUUAUUUAUUUUCAAAAAAAAAAGUUACAAAUUUUAUGCUUAUUCUGCCAAACUGCAACACAGUUUGUCGGCAGCAGUUCCCUUACAACUUAAAAAAUAAAAUAACCUAUAAAUAUAUAUAUUUAUUUUCUUACACUAAGCUAAUAGUUAUUAUACUGUAACUAGCAAACCAGUGAACCAAAUGUUCACCAAAACCUGAUUUCUCGAAAACCGGAAGUGCUACGUUACUCAAAUCCGGUUUGUAGUCUUAUCAGACUAUUCUUAACUUAUAACUUAAAUAUUCUCUUUAUCUAUCUCUUACGGUUUGGCCGCUGAAACAGCACCACAGACAGACGGACGGACUUGUCUAAUAGAUAAGAGAUAAGCUAUUGUAAACGGAAACGAGGUGGGUAUCCAGCCCACCUCGCCUCCGUUCACAACAUCACAAGGAUCAUGGACAGAGAGACUUAUAGUGUUUUUUUGCCUACACUCUAAA